AUGAAUGGACCCUGGUACGCCGACAGCCGCGAGCGGAUUCUCAAGUUGGGCGACAGUUUUGAGAAGCGGCCGCGAUGCGCCUUUCACACCGUGCGCUAUGACUUCAAGCCUGCUUCUGUUGACACUUCUUGUGAAGGAGAACUUGAAGUUGGCAAAGGUGAACAGGUGACAAUAACUCUGCCAAAUAUAGAAGGAUCAACUUCACCAGUAACUGUUUUUAAAGGUUCAAAGAAACCUUACUUAAAAGAAUGCAUUUUGAUAAUUAACCAUGAUACUGGAGAAUGUCGACUAGAAAAACUCAGCAGCAACAUCACUGUAAAAAAAACAAGAGUUCAAGGAAGCAGUAAAAUCCAGUCUCGUGUAGAGAAUCAGCAGCAACAAAUGUGGAAUUUACCUAGGACUCCCAAUCUUGUAAAAGAUUCUCCAUCCGAAGACAAGAUGUCCCCAACAUCUCCAAUGGAUGAUAUUGAGAGAGAACUGAAGGCAGAAGCUAGUCUGAUGGACCAGAUGAGUAGUUGUGAUAGUUCAUCAGAUUCUAAAAGUUCAUCGUCUUCAAGCAGUGAGAGUAGUUCCAGUGACUCAGAAGGUGAAGAGGACAGAUCCUCUCCGUCUGAUCCAGGGAAUUAUAUCUCUGGAGAUCCCACCAUGGCUGCCAUGCCACAUUGCAGGAUUCCUGAUGUAGAUGUCGGUCAUAAUAGAUAUCAUAACAAUAGUGGCCUUCUGAUGAAUACUUUAAGAAAUGAUUUGCAGCUGAGUGAUUCAGGAAGUGAUACUGAUGACUGA